AGCUCUCUCGCUAACCCUAGUGAGCUAGAAUGAAAUCUCUCCGCCUCUACCAAGAUCAAAUGGAGUCACUCAAUCAGGGGAUGCCAUUAUUACCUGAACCAUUCAAUUUCCACUAUCAAUAAUUUAAUCGAUUUGCUGAAGAACAGAAGGAGCACAGGCGGGCACCAAAGACCCAUCUGGACGGAGGGGAACCGGAGGGAGUGAUAUUUGGGAGUUUCGGGCUGAGUUUCCCCCUCCCCAGGCGUGGCUGUCUCGAUGUUGACUUUCACAAGUAGUGACUGAGAAGUUCCACCAGGUGAGAAGAGUGAUGACCAUCCUUUUCCUUACUAUGGUUAUUUCAUACUUCGGUUGCAUGAAGGCUGCCCCCAUGAAAGAAACCGGUGUCCGAGGACAAGGCAGCUUGGCCUACCCAGGUAUGAGGCCCCACGGAACUCUGGAGAAUCUGAAUGGUCCCAAGGCAGCUUCAAGGGGACUGACAUCCUUGGCUGACACUUUUGAACAUGUAAUAGAGGAGCUUCUGGAUGAGGACCAGAAUGUUCAGCCGAGGGAAGAGAAUAAAGAUGCCGACUUGUACACGUCUAGGGUCAUGCUCAGUAGCCAAGUGCCUUUGGAACCCCCGCUACUCUUUCUCCUUGAGGAAUACAAAAAUUACCUGGAUGCGGCGAACAUGUCCAUGAGGGUCCGUCGCCACUCUGACCCUGCCCGUCGGGGGGAGCUGAGCGUAUGUGACAGUAUUAGCGAAUGGGUCACGGCGGCGGAUAAAAAGACUGCAGUGGACAUGUCGGGUGGGACGGUCACAGUCCUUGAAAAGGUCCCUGUCCCGAAAGGCCAACUGAAGCAAUACUUCUACGAGACCAAGUGUAAUCCCAUGGGUUAUACAAAAGAGGGUUGCAGAGGCAUAGACAAAAGGCACUGGAAUUCCCAGUGUCGAACUACCCAGUCUUACGUGCGGGCACUCACCAUGGAUAAUAAAAAGAGAGUUGGUUGGAGGUUCAUCAGAAUAGACACUUCUUGUGUAUGUACACUGACCAUUAAAAGGGGAAGAUAGUGGAUUUAUGUUGUAUAGAUUAUAUUGAGACAAAAAUUAUCUAUUUGUAUAUAUACAUAACAGGGUAAAUUAUUCAGUAAGAAAAAAAAUAAUUUUAUGGACUGCAUGUAUAAAUGAAGUUUAUACAGUACAGUGGUUCUACAAUCUAUUUAUUGAACAUAUCCAUGACCUGAAGGGAAACAAAGUCAUUUGCGCACAACUGAAAAAAAAAAGUCUGCAUUACAUUCCUCGAUAACAUUGUGGUUUGUUGCCGUUGCCAAGAAUUGAAAACGUUAAAAAAAAAAUUGAAAAAAAAUAAAUAAAUUGCAUGCUGCUUUCAUUGUGAAUUGAUAA